CGGGGGUGGGAGCUGGAGCGGCGGAGGGAGGGGGAAUCCCGGCGCCGGGCCUGGCGUGGCUGCGGUCAGGAAGAGCUCCGCCGGCGUCAGCAUGUCUGGGGUGGAGGAGGCCACUCCUGGAGGUGGCCGGGCCGUGCUGUGUUUUGGACAGAGUCAGUACUCGGCAGAGGAAUACCAGGCCAUCCAGAGCGCCCUGAGGCAGAGGCUGGGCCCGGAAUACAUCAGCAGCCGGGCGGCUGGAGGCGGCCAGAAGGUGUGUUACAUCGAGGGCCACCGGGUGAUUAGCCUGGCCAAUGAGAUGUUUGGGUACAACGGCUGGGCACAUUCCGUCACACAGCAGAACGUGGAUUUUGUGGACCUCAACAACGGCAAGUUCUACGUGGGCGUCUGCGCGUUUGUGAAGGUGCAGUUAAAGGACGGCGCCUACCACGAGGACGUGGGGUACGGGGUCAGUGAGGGCCUCAAGUCCAAGGCCCUGGCCCUGGAGAAGGCCCGGAAGGAGGCUGUGACCGACGGGCUGAAGCGCGCGCUCAGGAGCUUCGGCAACGCGCUGGGAAACUGCAUUCUGGACAAGGAUUACCUGCGCUCCCUCAACAAGCUCCCCCGCCAGGCGCCCGUGGAAGUGGACCUGACCCACGCCAAGAGGCAGGACUUCGAGCCCUCGGUGGAGCAGGCGCGGCUCCACAGCUGCCGGCUGCAGGCGUCCGUGGCGUCCGCGGGCAGAGCAGGCGAGGGCCGCCCCGCGGAGGAGGCGGGGGACCAGCGCGGCGGCUCCAGUGUGGAGGAAGACGUCACGCAGCAGCGGAAGCUGCGGCAGAAGCAGCUGCAGCAGCAGUUCCGGGAGCGGAUGGAGAGGAGGCCGCGGGCGCCCAGCCCCCCCGCAGCCGCGGGGCAGCGUGAGGCAGCGCCCCGGGCCCCUCCUCGGACCUGCAGUCCUGUGGUUACUGCCGCCCCAGCACCCCCCACGGGGGCCCCUGUCCCACCAGCAAACCCGCACGACGGCCUCGACCCCUGGGAUCUGACUCCAGACCUGGACGACCUCAUCCCGCCAUGCUGGAAACCAGAGCCUCCCCCGGCCUCUGCCAACACCGCCCCGAGCCACCAGGCGGCGCUGCGAGCCAGGGAGCCGGAGAACCCCAAGCCUGGGCACCCCCAAACCUACACCGCCAACUGGCUCCUAACAGGAGGCGGCGCGGCUCCCGGCGGGAACCAGGACGCAAAGAAACAGAAACUGGACCCCCCCUGAGGCCCAGGACGGAUGGCGGGGGGCACGCCGCCCCAGAGGGACCGGACUGGACCGCCGUCGCCGGGCCGCCCCGGGGGAGCGGCCGUCACCCUCCCGGCUCUGCCCGCGGCGGCUGAGCCUCACCUCGCCGCACCCACACCCACCCACACCCACCGCGUGCGAGGGGAAAGCUGUUGUGUGAAUAAAGACGUUUCGGGAGUGCGUCGUGGCCGCCUCCGCGCGUGUGACACAGGCUCACGCGGCACCCGGCCUCCCGAGUCCCCUCCGGGCCCCUGCGUGUUACCGUCCCGCGCCGGCUCUUCCCCACGUGGGGACGCGUGUUCCCAGGCCCGUGGUGGAUGCCAAACCCUGCGAUGCAAAUAAAGCCUUUUUCCCAUCC